AGAUCAAGGACGAAUGCAGACGUUAAAAACAAUGUAGGCCAAUUUGAUCACUGGACUCUUGGCCCUAUAAUCUUAUGUAUACGAUGGCAGUCUAUCAGCUGUCGUUGACAGUCAUCGUUAUCACUUUACUUGUGAUACCACUGGCAGAUGGGGAGAUACAUAGAACAACGUUAAAAACAGGAGUACCGAAUCGUUUCUCUCAGGACGUGGCAAGUGAAACUCGAUCCGCGAUGUCGGAUCCAGAGGCUGGGAGAACUUUUUAUGAAGUUCUGGUUUAUUCAGUAGGAGGCGCUGUGCUUGUAGGCCUCAGUGGCAUCUUUCCUCUCCUUGUUAUACCUAUAGAGGCUGGUCCUGCACUUAAACAUGGCGCAGCGGCCAACAAACUGAAACUACUGUUGAGUUUUGCUGUAGGAGGACUGCUUGGGGAUGUGUUUCUGCAUCUGUUACCGGAGGCAUGGGCAGCUGUUGACAAAGGAGGACAUCAUGAUCAUUUUGGACACACAAAGAUUGGCCUGUGGGUCUUAGCAGGAAUUCUCUCAUUUCUUAUCAUUGAAAAAGUAUUUGCCAAAGAAGGAGAAUUUGAUCAUAUGCAUGAUGAUUGUGAUUCGGAUGAUGAAGAAGAAGACAACUACAAUAGACAGAUUUCAGAUUUGCCAAAAAUAAAUGGUUGUGAUUUAAAACAAAGGACUAGUACAUCAGAUAAUCAUAAAACAAAUUACAAAAAGCAAAAUCAUAGAGUUACAUCAUCACAAAAAACAGCCUCUGCAGCAUCAUCCAAACAGCACACCAGCGGGAAACAAGAGGGGGAGUCUGAUAUCAAGGUUAGUGGAUACCUGAACUUGCUGGCCAACGUCAUAGACAACUUUACCCAUGGUCUAGCUGUAGGUGGAAGCUUUUUAGUCAGCAAUAAGGUUGGUUUUGUGACCACACUAGCCAUACUUUUACAUGAGAUUCCACAUGAGGUGGGGGAUUUUGCCAUUCUGUUGAGAUCAGGCUUCAACAGGUGGAAAGCUGCUAAAGCACAGAUGAUGACAGCGACAGGAGGCAUUCUGGGAGUGAUAACGGCUCUAACUGCAGAGUCAGCAGAAUCUGCCGGGGAAAGUACAGCAUGGAUCCUUCCUUUUACCUCGGGGGGAUUCAUCUAUAUUGCCUUGGUCACUGUAGUCCCAGAUCUCCUAGAUGAAAAACAUACAAUGGAAUCUUUGAAGCAGCUUCUGUGUCUAUGUGGUGGGAUUCUAGCCAUGCUGUUAGUAAGCCUCUUCCACUGACCUUUCUGGCCCAAGAAUAACUCCAGAACACAGAUUAAUUUGCAUUUUCUAUCUACUGUAUUUUAAAAAUUUUAUAGGGAAAAGGUGAUAUUGAAAUACUUUGUAAAAUUUUAUAUAUUAUAUUUUGAUGCCCCUUUUAUCCUCCAAGUUUGUUGGAGAACAAAACUACAUGUAUUUUCAUUUGAACUGUACACACUUGUUUUAUGCCAAAAGGCAUUUGGAUAUUUGUACAGGAUAUCUGUACAAUCUUUUUCAUAUAUCAUUGUACAUUUACAUUAUGCAACAUUUGUACAAGGUAGGUAUUGAAUGUGUGCUUUUCCAAUCUUUGCCAAAUUUCAUGUGAUAAAGCUUUUCAAAAGCACCUGUAUGCCAUUUUCAAUUGGUGUUCAUGAUAGAUGUCUUUGUAGUAUAUUUUUGGAAAAAUAUUGAAUCAUAUUUGACCAUAAUUUUACUGAAGGAGAAAUAUUGAAUUUAUUUUUAUAUACAAUGAUCCAUGAGGAAAGUAUGUCAUAGUUUUGGUUUGCCUGUUUGUUUGUCCUUGUUUUAACAUUUUAGAGUGACAUAACCUUUGAACAAAACAAGGUGGCAACUUUAUGUUUGUACAUGUAUUUCAUAGUCUACAAAUGAAGCUAAGUUACCAAAUAUAGAUUUGUAACAUAACAGGUCAAGUUCAUACUUGGAGGGGAAAAGAUAAAAUAGAAAUUUGCCUCCACUGGGCAUUAGUAUUUUGAAAAUUUUGUUGACUGUUAAUUUGCAUAUCAAAUAUAAAUUUAAAUCAUUAUUCUUAAAUUUGAAUGUACAUUAUAUUUACAUGGCCAUAUCCUGUUAAGUUUGAAAUUAAAUGCUGUAUUUAAGCACAUUUUCCUUAUUGAUGAUGUUUAUGCAGUGAAUUUGAUUAACAGGGUUUAACAAAAGAAGGGUUUUUAAUUCUCUGCCAUGUUUUACAUUAUACACUCCAAUGACUUGGAGAGUUAAGGAAAUGUGUUAUGAUGUGUUAAUUUAGCACAUUAAUCUUAGUGCAAUAUUUACACACAGUUUUGUGUGUUAUAUGUUGUAUGUUGUAGAUUUAUCAUGAAAAAAUAAUCUGUUAUGGAUUCAGAGGUGAUAUUACUGUGUAAAAGAUGUACAGAGUUUUAUGAUAUACAUGUAUUUUGGUGGAAUUUUAUUUUUAUAAAUCAUGGAAAGUUUACUUUCUGUCUGUAAACUACAUUCAUAUUUAAAGAAAUAUUGUGUGUAAUUCGGCAUAUUUUUGACAAUGUGAUUAAGGUUAAAAAUAAUGUCUGAUUGAUAUACUGCAGUACAUGUAUGUUAAAGCAUGGCUUUCUUUAGAAAAUUAUUUUAUUUUGUUUUUAGCUCACCUGAGCCGAAGGCUCAAGUGAGCUUUUCUGAUCACAUUUUGUCUGUAGUCCGUCUGUCCGUCUGUCCGUCUGUCUGUCUGUCUGUCUGUCCGUCCGUCCGUCUGUAAACUUUUCACAUUUUCGACUUCUUCUCAAGAACCACUGGGCCAAUUUCAACCAAACUUGCCACAAAGUAUCCUUGGGUGAAGGGGAUUCAAGUUUGUUCAAAUGAAGGGCCACGCCCUCAUUCAAGGGGAGAUAAUGAAGAAUAGGUGAAAAAUUAGUAGCAUCUUUUAAAAAUCUUCUUCUCAAGAACCACAAAGCCAGGGAAGAUGAAACUUAUGUGGAAGCAUCCUCAGGUAGUGUAGAUUCAAGUUUGUUCAAAUCAUGACCCCCGGGGGUAGGGCGGGGCCACAGUGGAGGAUCAAAGUUUUACAUAGAAAUAUAUAGGAAAAACCUUUAAAAAUCUUCUUCUCAAGAACAGCAAAGCCAUGAUGAGUCAUUUUUAUAUGGAAGCAUCCUCAUGUAGUGUAGAUUCAAGUUUGUUCAAAUCAUGACCCCCGGGGGUAGGGCGGGGCCACAAUGGAGGAUCAAAGUUUUACAUAGAAAUAUAUAGGAAAAACCUUUAAAAAUCUUCUUCUCAAUAACAGCAAAGCCAUGAUGAGUCAUAUUUAUAUGGAAGCAUCCUCAGGGUGUAGAUUCAAGUUUGUUCAAAUCAUGACCCCCGGGGGUAGGGCGGGGCCACAAUAGAGGAUCAAAGUUUUACAUAGAAAUAUAUAGGAAAAACCUUUAAAAAUCUUCUUCUCAAGAACAGCAAAGCCCUAAUUGGUCAUAUUUAUAUGGAAGCAUCCUCAGGUAGUGUAGAUUCAAGUUUGUCCAAAUCAUGACCCCUGGGGGUAGGGCGGGGCCACAAUGGAGGAUCAAAGUUUUACAUAGAAAUAUAUAGGAAAAAUCUUUAAAAAUCUUCUUCUCAAUAACAGCAAAGCCCUAAUUUUCAUAUUUAUAUGAAAGCAUCCUCAGGUAGUGUAGAUUCAAGUUUGUUCAAAUCAUGACCCCCUGGGGGUAGGGCGGGGCCACAAUGGAGGAUCAAAGUUUUACAUAGAAAUAUAUAGGAAAAAUCUUUAAAAAUCUUCUUCUCAGGAACAGCAAAGCCCUGAUUGAUUAUAUUAAUGUGGAAGUAUCCUCAGGUAGUGUAGAUUCAAGUUUGUUCAAAUCAUGACCCCCGGGGGUAGGACGGGGCCACAGUGGAGGAUCAAAUUUUUACAUAGAAAUAUAUAGGAAAAACCUUUAAAAAUCUUCUUCUCAAGAACAACAAAGCCAUGAUGAGUCAUUUUUAUAUGGAAGCAUCCUCAGGUAGUGUAGAUUCAAGUUUGUUCAAAUCAUGACCCCCUGGGGGUAGGGCGGGGCCACAAUGGAGGAUCAAAGUUUCACAUGUACAUAGAAAUAUAUAGGAAAAACCUUUAAAAAUCUUCUUAAUAACAGCAAAGCCCUAAUUGGUCAUAUUUAUAUGAAAGCAUCCUCAGGUAGUGUAGAUUCAAGUUUGUUCAAAUCAUGACCCCCCGGGGGGUAGGGCGGGGCCACAAUGGAGGAUCAAAGUUUUACAUAGAAAUAUAUAGGAAAAAUCUUUAAAUAUCUUCUUCUCAGGAACAGCAAAGCCCUGAUUGAUCAUAUUUAUGUGGAAGUAUCCUCAGGUAGUGUAGAUUCAAGUUUGUUCAAACCAUGACCCCCGGGGGUAGGGUGGGGCCACAAUGGAGGAUAAAAGUCUGAAAUAGAAAUAUAUAGGAAGAUAUGUUCUGAUGAAGAACUGCAAAGCCAUGAUUAGUCAUUUGAUAUGGAAGCAUCCUCAGGUAGUGUAAAUUCAAUUUUGUUCAAAUGAUGACCCCCGAGGGUAGGGUGGGGCCCAAUAAGGGGAUCAAAAGUUUUACAUAGGAACAUAUAGAAAAAAAUUUCUUCUCAAGAACAGAAAAGCUAUGUUUAGUCAUAUUGAUAUGGAAGUAUCCUCAGGUAGUGUAGAUUCAAGUUUGUUCAAAUGAUGACCCCUGGGAUAGGGAGGAGCCACAAUGGGGGAUCAAAUUUUUACAGAAGAAUAUAUGGGAAUUUUUUUUUAAAAUCUUCUCAAGUACAACAAAGCCAUUUGUUAAAACAAAUUAUAUAUUGACAUGGAAGCAUCAUCAGGUAGUUUAAUAUUGAAGCCCCCCCCCCCCCCCCUUUGCCAAUGUGCUCAGGUGAGCGAUGUGGCCCAUGGGCCUCUUGUUAUUUCAAGAAAUGCCAAUAUAAUGAUUUACAGAAGCAUGUUGGUAAACAAAAAUUUCACAAAUAUUCAUCAUAGAAAGAUCUCAGAUGCUCUCCUGUGCCUCCCAAACAAUUUAAAGUAUAGGUGUUACUCAGUGUCACAGCUUUUCUAUUGCAUUUUAAAUUGAAACCUGUUUUAAAUUUUGUUCAUUCUUGAAUUUAUUUCCGCUCACACAUAGUUGGCAUCCUGUUAAUAAAUACAUGUAUAUAAUCAGAGUUGUUGAUGUCUUCAAACUGGUUUUUCUUGUUUCCCUUUUUCCAUGAGAUCUGAGGAUUUAGAUUUUGUAAAUAUCAAUAAUAUCAAAACUGGGGG